AUGGCCGUCGGUGCUGACACUUGUUUCUUCGUCCUGCAGGGCAGCAUCUGUGGCUUCACCAUCGUCACUGGUGGCGCCGCUCGCCUCGUUUUCGGAUACGACAGCUACGGCAACACCUGCGGGCAACGUAACGAGCACAUCGAAGGCGUGCGGCUGAGCGGCCUCGACCACACCGACAGGAAGUUUGUUUUCUUCCUGGAUCCCUGCAACAUCGACAUCGUUCAGAGGAAAAUCAAGUCCAUGGCUCUGUGUGUCUCAUUGUGUCCCACUGAGGAGCUGAAGACCUACCAGGACCUGAAGACAUUCGCCAUGGUCAACGGCUCAGAGCUGUGCUCAUACGAGUUAGCAGGCCAUAAAUACCCUGGUCUCCCGGAGAGAUUCUCCAAAUGUCCAAAACUUCCUGUCCCACGCAGCAAGCCGCUGCCGGUCUUUAACCGCUGCACUCCGGUGGACGUCUCCUGCUAUGCGAAGUUUGCGGAGGCCGUGGUGACAUUUGUGGGGGACAGCAGCGUCCUGCAUCGACUGAUCGCCGGCGUCGCAGCCAGUAAAGAGAUCAUCAUCGGACUGUGCGUUCUUGCACUGGUCUUGUCCAUGAUUCUCAUGGUGAUCAUUCGUUACAUCUCCGCCGUUCUCGUCUGGAUCCUCACCUCGCUGGUCGUUCUUGGAUCUCUCGCGGGGACGAGCGUCCUCUGGUGGCUCUACAUUGACCACCGGCUGUACGGCAAUGACACGUCCUCCAAAGUGCUGAAGGACCUGAAAGAAGACCUGGGGGAGGAGUCGAAGGAGGAGCCAAGCAGGGACAGCGGCCAGGCGCUGCUCGUGUACGCCGUGUCCGCCACUGUCUUCACCAUCAUCCUGCUGCUGCUGAUGCUCUUCAUGAGGAAACGAGUGGCGCUCACCAUCGCCCUGUUCCACGUCGCCGGCAAAGUCUUCAUCCACCUCCCCCUCCUCACCCUGCAGCCCUUCGUUACCUUCCUCGCACUCCUCCUCUUCUGGAUCUAUUGGAUCCUGGUGCUGCUGUUCCUGGGGACCACCGGUUAG